AUGGACCAAGAAAACUGCCUGACAGAUCAAGAAUACUCCUCUUUCUCCUUCAGUGGGCGUUCCAGUGUUGGAGUGCAGUCCCAUGCAGACGCAGAUCCAGCCCCUACCUGUCCUCCUACACACGUGUGCUACAUAGUUCCUCUGCUGGUCCAUGGCAGGGACACAAAGAAGAGGUUCAACUUUGUUAUAUUUGGUGCCAUUGAUGGCUUCUCACGUAAGAUAAUGUAUCUUAAUGUUGCAAACAAUAACCGUGCAGCCACAACGCUGGCUUUUUUCACUGAGGCUGUUGAAGAAUUUGGCUAUCCACUAAGAGUACGUGCUGAUCAAGGAGGAGAGAAUGUAGAUGUUGCUCGCUUAAUGUUCAGUGUUUGGGGCCCAGACAGUGGUUGCUUUUAUGCAGGAAAAAGUGUUCAUAAUCAGAGGAUAGAGCGCCUUUGGCGCGAUGUUUGGAUGGGGGUCACCAGUGUGUUCUACCACACUUUUCACAUGAUGGAAGAAGAAGGCCUCUUUGAUCUAAGUGAUGCCACUCAUCUCUUCUGCCUCCAUUAUGUGUUCCUGCCACGUCUCCAGGCAAGCCUUGAUGUGUUCCAUAAAGGAUGGGACAAUCACCCUUUAAGAACGGAGCAAAACAUGACCCCUAACCAGUUGUGGUUGGCUGGGCAGAUCCAUCACCACAUUCCAAAUCCAAUGGACUUAAACAUUCCUGACAUUGAUUGGGACGAGAGUGGGGAGGUCCCUGAGGAAAAUGUUGGGGUCCAAGUACCAGACCUGGAGAGCCCACUUACUGCGCAGCAGCUGAGCACAUUGUCUGUCCACAUCGACCCUCUGCAGCCAUCAGAGUCAAAUGGUGUGGAUGUAUAUUCGGCAACACUCCAAUAUGUAACUAAUAUGCUUGAGGAUUAG